CUAGAGACUGGGCUUCCAGAAUAAAUUGUUCAUAAACAAUCUAACCCCUCAACCUUGACUUCUCCCACAAAGAUAAAGCCAAACUCAUUAUGGGUAGGCUAUAUCAAGAUGUGUUAUAUAGAUAUCAUUGAAACUUUGAUACAAUCAUGAAUAUGAUUUGUAUACCGUCUUUUCAUGCAGAGUACUGAUAUACAAUUCGAGGUGUCGGAGAGACAUGAAACCUAGGACAAAAUGCUGGUUUGUUUUGGUUUAGGGACACAAAUUUGUCAUUUCCGGUUGAAGUUAAAAUGAACAAUUUAACCUCUGAACAAGUCGCUGAAUUCAGGGAGGCAUUCAAGCUGUUUGAUAAAGAUGGCGAUGGAACCAUCACCACAAAAGAACUUGGUACCGUGAUGAGAUCACUGGGUCAGAAUCCUACAGAGGCAGAACUUCAAGACAUGGUCAAUGAAGUAGACGAAGAUGGGAAUGGUACAAUAGACUUCGGCGAAUUUGUGCAAAUGAUGUCUAGAAAGGUGCAGGACGCUGAUACAGAGGCAGAACUACGGGAAGCAUUCGCAGUGUUCGACAAAGAUGGUGACGGAUUUAUAGGAGCAACAGAGCUUCUGCAAGUGAUGUCACAACUGGGGGAAGAACUUACGUUAGAGGAAGUACAUUCAAUGAUCCGCGAAGCCGACCAAGAUGGAGACGGACGUAUAAACUACAAAGAAUUUAAGGAAGCGUUCAGCCUCUUCGACAAAGACGGAGAUGGAACAAUAUGCUCCAAAGAGUUGGGGACAGUAAUGAGGUCACUAGGUCAGAACCCAACGGAGGCCGAACUCCAAGACAUGAUCAACGAAGUAGACGCUGAUGGAAAUGGCACAAUAGACUUUCCCGAGUUUCUUACAAUGAUGUCACGAAAAAUGAAAGACACAGAUUCGGAAGAGGAAUUACGAGAAGCCUUUAGAGUGUUCGAUAAAGAUGGGAACGGAUUUAUUAGCGCCGCCGAAUUACGUCACGUGAUGACAAAUCUUGGCGAAAAACUCACAGAUGAGGAAGUUGAUGAGAUGAUUAGAGAAGCUGAUAUAGAUGGUGAUGGCCAGGUUAAUUACGAAGUCUAUCAUCUCUUACCUAAGGCAGAGCAACUAACAGAGGAACAAAUAGCAGAAUUUAAAGAAGCAUUUAGUUUAUUUGACAAAGAUGGUGAUGGAACAAUUAGUAGUAAGGAACUAGGAACUGUAAUGAGGUCACUAGGUCAAAACCCCACUGAAGCCGAACUUCAGGACAUGGUCAACGAAGUGGAUGCUGACGGGAAUGGUACAAUAGAUUUUCCCGAAUUUUUAACAAUGAUGGCUAGGAAAAUGAAAGACGAAGACUCAGAAGAAGAAUUAAGAGAAGCGUUCAAGGUGUUCGACAAAGACGGAAGUGGCGACAUUAGCGCCGCUGAAUUACGUCACGUUAUGACUAGUCUUGGAGAAAAACUAACAGACGAGGAGGUGGACGAGAUGAUCCGAGAAGCUGAUGUUGAUGGUGAUGGAAAAGUGAAUUAUGAAGAAUUCGUUACAAUGAUGACACAGAAGUAGCGAAAGACAACCUGGAAACAAAUGGAACAUCGUCUGAAUGAAACUCAUAUAAUUCAUUUCAAGCCAAUUUAUGUCAU